AUGAUCUCCGGUUCCAUGGUGAGAGAAAAACACCACAAGAUAUACAUUUGUAGAUCUAUAAUGGCAUCAACAAUUCGUGAAGAAGACGAGACUAAGGAGUUUUUUGACUCUCCAGAAGAGCUGAAGACUAAGGUCUCCCAGCUGGCUGACUGGAUCAGGCAGAGCAAACACUUCAUUGCAUUCACUGGUGCAGGCAUCAGUACCUCAGCUGGAAUUCCUGACUUCCGCAGUGGAAUUCACACUAAAUUAGGAACAGGUCCUGGCAAAUGGGAACUCCGUGCCAAGGGUGUGGGGAGGGAUGCAAAGAAACAUAAGACAACUACAACUGUCAAAGCCAUUCCUACUCCUACGCACAUGUCGAUUGUGCAGCUUGUGAGAGAGGGAAUCCUGCAUGCUGUUGUCAGUCAGAACUGUGAUGGCCUGCACAGGAGAAGUGGACUGAUCACCGAUAAGUUGUAUGAGCUUCAUGGUAACAGCAAUGUCGAGAAAUGCUGUAAGUGCAAGAAGGAGUACCUACGAGACUUCAGAGUAAGAACUGCUGUGGGUGCUAGAAAACAUAAAACAGGUCGUAAAUGUGACAACCCUGCCUGCCGUGGCGACCUAAAGGACACCAUAAUCAACUUUGGAGAGAACCUUCCUGAAGUUACAUUGGAUUGUAGUUUUGAACAUGCUAAAAGAGCUGACCUCUGCCUGGCCAUGGGCUCCAGCCUCACUGUCACACCAGCGGCAGACAUUCCAGAGACAACAGGCAAGAAAAAAGGACUGGUGAUAGUGAACCUACAGAGGACACCACUGGACCACCUAGCUGCCAUGAGGAUCAAUGGGAAGUGUGAUGAUGUGAUGAAACUGCUCAUGAGCAAGCUGGGGCUGGAUAUACCCGAGUUUAGGCUCAAGAGGUGUGUGGUAAUAAAAGCAAACCAUAAACACGAGGUGUGUGUGGAAGGGAGGGACCAAGAGGACCACCCGUUCUCGUUUCUCAAGUCUGUCACAUUCAGUGGAGCUGGCCCAGACAUCAGAUGUGAUCAAGAGCCCUACACAGUGCUGACCAGAGCUGGUGCUGCCCUCCAGGUCAACAUGGCCUUCCAUUCUCACUAUGGGGAGCCUCCUUUGAUGUUGAAGUUUAACGUUGCAGGCAACAUACACACACAUUUUCAGAUAAAACUGUAACUGCAGAUCUCCAGUACAACCCAUUUACUGGUGUAUGGUCAGUUUCAAGGUCGGAUGACCCAAAGGAUAAAACCUCUCCUGUUCCAAUUCAAGACAUUACUGACAAACUAACAACUGCUAGUAUCUGACUAAUUAAUUUUUGUUUACUGAUUGUUGA